AUGGCCAAGGUUCCUUAUGCUUCGGCUAUAGGAAGCCUAAUGUAUGCCAUGCUGUGUACUAGGCCUGAUAUUGCCUACGCUAUUAGUGUGACUAGCAGGUUUCAAUCCAAUCCAGGUUUGGAACACUGGAUAGUUGUCAAGAAUAUCCUUAAAUACUUGAGAAGAACUAAGGAUUUAUUCUUGAUAUAUGGAGGAGGUGAGCUUCAACUAGAAGGAUUUACAGAUUCUGAUUUCCAAUCAGAUAUUGAUGAUAGAAAGUUUGUCUCAGGGUUUGUAUUUUUGUGUAAUGGAGGCACUGUUUGUUGGAAGAGUUCCAAUCAGACAACUAUAGCAGACUCCACCACUGAAGCCGAGUAUGUUGCUGCAUGUGAUGCUACAAAAGAGGCUAUUUGGAUCAAGAAGUUCGUUUCAGAGCUGGAAGUGGUUCCUUCCAUUGAGUUAGCAGUUCCUCUUUACAGUGAGAACAAUGGAGCCAUUGCUCAGGCAAAGGAGCCUAGGUCUCACUAG